AUGUCGUACGACAAAGAAGACUUGUACAUAUACACCCUCCACGACAAGGUCAAGAGCACACUCGAGUUGUUGUACUUCGACUCGCUCACUCAGGAAGAAGUGCCUGUUGCCACCGAGUUGUCAGCGGCAAACUUGGCCACCAACAAUAAUGGUGAAACCAAGGUAGACGCCUCCAAGAGCGAGGACUCGUCGUACUACAAGUCCGACUGGUAUCGUUUCAACUUGAAGCGCUCGCUCAAUGGGUUGCCCUCAUUGUCGGAAGAAGCGUUCGAGCAGUUGUUGGAGAGCCAGUCCAUCGAGAGUUUGUCAGGAUCAGACACCGAAGAAGAGGACGAAGAAGAUGUCGAUGUCCAGAACCGCAAGUUGGAGUCACUCAUAAAGAAGCUCGAGUUGGAAAAGGCCUCGGAUGCAGAGGAUGACUUGAAGACGGUGAGCCAUCUCAAUGCUCGUUCUCCGUUCAUCUUCUACAAGUCGUCGUUACUCCCAGAAAACAAGGCCUUUGGCUCCUAUAAAGGCUUGUAUUCAGAGGAGCAGCUCUUGGGCUCUCCGUUGGAGACGCUCAAGUCCUUUUCCACCGAAUCAAGAGCUUCCAAGUCAGCAUUGUUCAUGAUCGGUGGUGGCCACUUUGCUGGUGCCAUCGUAUCCCACAUCCCCAAGAAUACCAGAGGUAACGCCACCAACAUGAAGGAAAACAGACAGGAACAAGCUGUCAAUGUGAUAGUGUCCAAAACCUUCCACAGAUACACCACCAGAAGAAAGCAGGGUGGGUCACAAAGUGCCAGCGACAAUGCCCGAGGAAAAGCCAAUUCGGCUGGUUCUAGUAUCAGACGUUACAACGAACAGGCGUUGAUCAAAGAAGUGCGUGAGUUAUUACAGGAAUGGAACGGACAUUUGAAGGAAUGUGCAUCCAUUUUUAUCAGGGCCAAUGGUGCUAGCAAUAGAAAGAUCUUGGUAGGCUAUGAAGGUUGUGUGCUCACUAACGACGAUAAGAGAAUCAAAACCUUCCCUUUUUCAACUAAAAGAGCUACCACCUCUGAGUUGAAGAGAGCGUGGGUGGAAUUGUCGUACUUGAAAGUAAUGGAUUUACCAAAGGUGAACGAAAAGGCCAAGAAGAAGUUGGAGAAGGUUGAGGUCAAAGAGGAAGCUCAGAAGCCAGUGGAGAGAGAUCCACAGGAAGUCGCAAACGAACAGCACUCACAGGAAUUGACAUCCUUGCUCAAGAAACAAAAAGCACCAAAAUUAAUGACAUACAUCAAACAGAGCAAGAUAGACGUGGAUCAGUUCAGGCUCACUCCUGCAUCGAAAUACGUUAACUAUCCAACCUUAUUACACUACUCUUCAGCCCAUAACUUGGAUCAUAUGGUUUUGGUCUUGAUGAAUAACUUGAAGGCUGAUCCAGCAAUUCAAAAUCAGUUUGGAAGAACGCCUUAUGAAGUCACUAGUGAUCGAGAUACUAAACACUCUUUUCAAAUUGCAAGAUACAAGUUGGGCGAGAGCCACUGUGAUUGGAGCAAGACCAAGAUCGGCCCAGCAAAAUCCAAAGAUCAAUUUAUCAAAGAAGAGGAAGAAGAAAAGGAAAGAAUAAAGCAAGAAAAGCAAAAACUGAUUCAAGAAGAAUUGAACAAGAAGACAGAGAUGGAGCUCAGGAAGCCCAAGAUUUCUUCUAGCGGAUCCUUGAAUGGCGGCCCAUCAAUUGCCAGUAUCAACGAGUUGAGUGGAUUGUCUGACCAGCAAAAGAUGAGAUUGAUGAGGGAACAACGAGCCCGUGCCGCCGAAGCACGCUUUAAAGGCAUGCAAGGGAAGUGA